UCGACGGUGAUGCGCUGCUGCUUCGACGCCCAGGGUCAGCGCGUGGCCACCGUGUCCUCGGACACCACCAUCAAGCUCUGGGACCGCCGCUCACGCCGCACCACCCUCUCCAUCGCCAGCUCCCACACGGGUGUGAUCUCGGGCUGCUGCUUGACGCGUGACGGGCACUACCUGUGCUCCGCCUCCUGGGACAAGACCCUGCAGCUGUGGGACCUGGCCACCGGAACCUUCCGCUCGCACGCCGCACACACACACACACACCGCCUCACACACGACGGCUGCGUCAGCUCCUGCAUGUUCUCAAACGACGCCUCGCUGCUGGUGUCGGGGGCAUAUGACCGGACGGUGGCUGUGUGGGACAUGAAGGCCAUCUGCAAACUCCUCCUGCUGAAGGGCCAUACGGACUGGGUCAUGGAUGUUGCCAUCAGUGAAGAUAAGAAGUGGGUGGUGUCCUGUUCUAAGGACAAGACCGUGCGUAUGUGGAACAUAGAGCGCGCCGAAGAGAUACCUGCCGUUAUCGAGACAAGGAGGACGCAGGCGCAGGGAUACCAGGUCAUGAAGUGCGAGGAGUGUGCGAGGUCUUUCUCCGUCUUCCGAAUGGAGUCGGACGCCACCAACAAAUGCGUUUUCUGUCGCCUGAAAGCACCAACAAAAUAUGUACCAGUCCCUCCUCCCUGUUUUUGAAGAAAGGACGUUUGUUUUUAAAAGAGUUUUGAGGAUAAAAUGACAUACAAAGUGCUUAUGGCAUGAAAAGAUCGUAUAAGCAAUUUUUUUAUAACGGGGAUUACAACAUAUCUUGUGUGGUUAUUGAGUGUGAUUUUCGACAAGGUGAAACAGCGGCGCCGUGGCUUAGUUGGUUAAAGCGCCUGUCUAGUAAACAGGAGAUCCUGGGUUCGAAUCCCAGCGGUGCCUUUUGUCCUUGCAAGCCUGAGAAUAUUCUGCAAAUUGUGAAAUUCGGGUGAAAUGAAAUAAAU